AUGCUAUGCCUUCCUGCCCAAACGCUCGCUCGCCCAGCUUCUAAAACACCAAGGUAAACACCAAGGAAGGCUCGAGUCUGGAUAACAUGAUAGAUAAUUCAGUUGCCUUCAAAAAACACCGCCAUCGACGCACCCCGACGCACCAAUCAUCAAAACAAAACGAAAACGAAAACCACCAAAAAAGUGUGUUCAUCUGGAUAAAAAGCAUGCAAUUAUAUCCGUUUUUGCAGAAUAUUCAAUCGGCAAAUCGCUCAACCCAACUUCAUCUUCUUUAAGUUUUUUGUGCCUUUUUUCUUUAAUCUCGUGAAAAAUCCCGUUGAGCAGCACCAUGACUACAAAAACCUUCUCCCUGGAUGA